AUGUACCAGCGAAACAUGUGCCCGACCCUGGGCGCACUGCGGCGCACGUUGGCUGCAGAUGUUUCCGCAGCACCGAAAUGCUCAUCGAGAGCCUUCAGCGUCUUUGCGCGCAGGCUCGCCGAGGCCGACAAUGCGGCGCCCUCCGCUCCCGCCCCGGCCGACCCAGACUCGCGCAAGGCCCGCUCCGCCAAAGCCCUCAACCAGAUCACCCGGCUGGGAACGAACCGCCGCAUCCAGCCCGGAGGCCUCGCCAAAGGCUCCUUCCCCAGCGGCCAAGGCGACGGACAGAUGCCACGACGAGACCCUCCUCGAGCACCUUCUCAGGGCGACGCCGCACGUGCAGAGGGUGGUCUAAAGAUCACCAGGGAGAUGGUAGGACCAGCCCAGGGCAGAGAAGGUGCUCGUCCACCAGGACCCAUGGCUCGCGCCCCCGCUCAGCUGAAGCUCGCACGCAACACAGGCCGAGCGGGCAACUCGACAGCAGGAGCCAAGCGCGGCCCAAAUCUGCGUGGACGUGACGGCAAGCCUGGCGGAGGCGGAGGCGGAGGCGCGAGCGGCAGCCGAGAGCCGGGACCGAAGAAGCGCGAGAGGAAGAGCGGCGAUCAAAGCACCAAGAAAAUCAAUCCGGCCGACGUGAAGAUCGAGGAAACGCUGUCCGACGGCAUGGUGCAGCAUCUGCUGCGACUGCAGCGAGGCGAGUGGGACCGCAAGCCCUACGAGCCCAAGUACGCUCCGGGCAGCUUUGCGGCCAACGAGCUGAUCCACGCCGGACGGGAGCUGUUUCGCGGCGAGGCGCCACCGGUCAAGACGUGGGGAAUGCUGGAGAAGCGGAUAGGCGUUGUAGGCAUGCACAACGCAGAAGCACACCUGAAGGUCAGGCGAGUCACAGACCCCGACGACGAUGCGCUGGGCGAGAGGAGACAGUAUUCCGAAACUGGUGACGUGGAGAUCAAGAAGAAGGUGUCAGCCACAGCCACAGCCCCUGCCGCAAACGCACCUGCAGCCGUUGCACAGGCAGCAGCGGCUAAGCCAAAGGCCCAGGUAGCGGAGCAAGCGGCCGUUGUGUAA